UAAAAUUUUGAUAUGUUUUUUGCUUUACUACUACGAUGAAAAAGUAAUUCUCAAAACCAAACACGUUCAUGCUUUGAUGAGAGAGGUUGAAAAUUUUUUAAAAGCUACAUAUUUGAUGCACCAUGUUGUGUAAUCUCUUUCACAGAGAAAACAAGGAAAUGUUUGGUUUCGUUCUGCUAUUCUGUUUUACAUCAUCGGUUGCAAUACAUUUCACUUGUUAUCGUGAUGAAGAUAAUAUUAUGGUGGAAUUGAUUGGUAAUCAGUUGAGAAAAGACGCAACUGCAGUUGAUACUGUUGAAGUUCAAAAUGAAGAUCAGUGUAUGGAUCAUUGUCUUUAUAAAGGUUACUGUGUUUCUUUCAAUGCCAUCCGAAAUAAUGAUGACGUGCUAGAGGUGACGUGCGAACUGUUUAACCACACAAAUCAUAACAGAACCUUAUUGACAACAGAUGAAAAUUCAAGUUACUAUGAAGUUCGUUUGAUGUGUCGCAAUUGUGUAAAUGGAAGCGAUGAAAACGGAUGUCGUUGCAACUGUUCGAUAAAACGAGAUUGCAUCGAAUGGCUUGAAGCAGGAUUCAAUAAGAGUGGUGUGUAUGAAAUCAAUAUCAAUGGACAAUUGACAAAAGUUUUUUGCGACAUGGAAACAGAAGGUGGAGGAUGGAUAAAAUUCCAGAACAGAUUUGACAAGUCUGUCGACUUCAACAAACAUUUGAACGAUUACAAAGAGGGGUUUGGUGACAUUAAUGGGGAGUUUUGGCUCGGUCUUGAAAAACUACACCAGUUAACAGAAACCGACAACCAUUUGUUAUACCUAAAAGGCGUUUUAAAAACAGGUUACACGCAUAUUGAACUGUAUUUAAACUUUAAAAUUGCAAAUGAGGCAAAUCAAUACGCUAUCAGCGUCACACCGCUGAAGUGUGAAAACCAAAAUAAAGAUUGGCCAUGCUAUUUGUUAAAAAAUGCGUGCUUCAACAUGUUCAAGAGACCAAUAUGCCCUGAUUGUCUUGAAGGCUGGUGGUGGUCGCAAUGUCCGUGUUAUGACAGUGUGAAUAGCAUGCGACUCACAAACUUCAAUUCAUCAUUGAUGCUUAAACGAAAUAAAACAAUACCAGAUGAAUCAACCUAAUGCAAUUUCUACACUUGUUAAAGAAUUUUGUUGUAAAUGCAUCAGUGGAAAACACAAGAAAGUUUUUAAUAUAGACCGAUAAAUGUGCUUCUAACAAAACUUCUCUAUUAAGUGGUGAAAUAACAACACAUCAUUUUACCUGUGUUUUUGUUUACGAUUGAGUCAGUUUAUAAAACUGAAUGAUUAUUGUAUGAAUUUAAUUUUUUAUUAUUAUAAUUUACAGUGCAAGUAACUAGAAAUAUUUUGCGCACAUAUGAUUUGACGUAAAAAUGAGAUAAUUUUACACAAAUAAAGUUUAUAACGAUAUCAGGAUUUUUGGCUGUUAAUUUACCUAGAGAGAUAGAGAAAUGUAUGUUCUGGCACAGUCGCACAC